AUUGAGUUUAUGCGAGGUUAAAGGUUUUGAUAUCCUCCGGGUUAUUUAUGUUCUCGACCAAGAACAUAUUUACUCGGGUUGGAGUAAAACUUUUUCCUGCGUCAAAAUGUCGCCUUCUGUUCAUCCCCAAUUCUUACCCAUCAUUCGGGUUGACUCUCCACCCAAAUAAGCAGUCGAGACCGACCCGUUUGGUGUAUUUGUGUCAACCCUCGUCGGUUAACAAACCUCUAAAAUUCAUUACAAAAAUCAAUCUCACUUUAGGUAAUGGAUGCAAUUAAAACGAAUAUAUAUUCAUAUGUGAUUUGAUCUGUUUUAUGUUUCACGCUGUGGAUCUUGAUGCUUCCAGGUGCUUUUGCAGGUGGUAGCGCAUAUCACUUUGCUAUAACUAUGUCCUCAGCCCACGACCCGUUUUACAUUGUGAAAGAGGAGAUUCAAGAAUCUUUUUUAUGGUGGGUUAUGAGCCCUUGUCUCAAAGCUGUUGAGAUUCUGGAAUGUGCCAUUCCAGAUUGGACUGAGAUAUCAUUGGAUAGAUUGAGUAUUGAUAAGUUGCUGUCCACCUUUCAUCAAUGGGAACGGAUGCCUUCAGAGGAAAAACUGAGCCUUACAAAGGAGCUCAUUGCUGCAUGUGAGAGCAUUGAAUGGCAGGUAGAUGAACUGGACAAGGCCAUUGCUGUUGCAUCUAAGGAUCCUGCACUAUAUGGUAUUGAUGAGGUGGAGCUUGAUAAAAGAAGGAAAUGGACUACCAAUGCCCGUAAUCAGUUACUUCUGAUUAGGCAACAAGAUGAAGAACUGGAUGAACUGAGUGCCAGUGUGCAAAGAAUUGGAGGUGUUGGGCUUACAAUACAUGAGGAACUCCUUGCUCAGGAGAAAAUCAUAGAUGAUCUGGGCAUGGAGAUGGAUAGCACAUCAAAUCGUCUUGAUUUUGUUCAGAAAAAGGUUGCUAUGGUUAUGAAGAAGGCCAGUGCCAAAGGCCAAUUUAUGAUGAUCUUGUUCUUACUCGUUUUGUUUAUUAUUCUAUUUGUGCUUGUUUUCCUCACAUAAGUUGAGAGCCAUUACCAGCCGAUUUCUUAUACAUGAGAAGGUCUCUCUCUAUCUCUCUCUUUUUUUAUUUCAUGGGAAUAGAACAAACUAGAGGUUCUCUGUUUUGUCCUUGUAAAUGUAUUGCUUCUGGAGUUGACAUAUAUGGUAAUUGAUUGAGGUUGAUAUACGAUCAAAACAAGCAGCGUAAUUCNAUGGGAACGAUAGAACUUUGAUAGAUAAAACUAAGGUUUUGAAAAUGUAACCGGCUUUAUUAAUAUAAUAUAUAAAUUUUUUGUUUAUUUUAUAUGUAU